UCCGCCUUUGGCGCACGGAAGCGGGGUUACGUGCCAACGCGCUUCCGGAGCGCCGGACCAGAGGAAGGCAUGUGGGCUCGGCGGCUCGCCCGUGUCUUCCGCGCGGGGUUUUGCUCUCAGGCUGGCGUUCCUGAAGGGGGUCUCCAAGCGCCGCCUAGGGAAGCAGGGGCUCCCCGGGUGAGUAAAAGGCCCGGCGGCGCCGAAGCAGAGCUUGUCCCCAGAAAUACGAGGUGACAGUCAGGAGAGAGUGCUUCUGAGCAUGUGUAGAGGUCUUUUAAACAAAAACAAAAAACAGCAGUCACUGGUGGGCUCUUGGACAUCUAGCCUAAGGGCUCUCAAAUUGUAGUGAUGACAGUGAUGCAUUAAUUGGAUUUGUUGGCCACCUUUCCUCCAAGGAGCUCAAGGUGAUUUACAAGGUUCUUCCUAUUAUAUAAUUAUCAUGCAGCCAUGGUUCAGUGACUAUAGCAGCUGCAUUGCAUGCAGGAUAGUUCAACCACCAAUGGCAUCUCCAGUUAGGGCUGGGUGAGUCUCCUUGUCUGAAACCCUGGAGAGUCAUUGCCUGACAGUGUAAGCAAUACUGAGCUAGACAGACCAAGGGUGUGUGAAGCCGCUUCCUAUGUUCCAUGUACAUCACAGGGUGGAAUACCUCAGGCCCUGGGGCCAAUUGCGGGCUUCUGGAUCUACCAGGUCCACAAGAUUCUGCCCAUGUCAUGCCUCUCACAAGCUCUGCUUGAGUGCCUUUUCUGGCUGGAAUAUGCCACUGAACUGUGAUCAUGCCUCUUCCUUACCUGGAUGGAGGAUCAGAUCAGAAGAAUCAGCAUCAGACAUUAGCCAUAGCAAUAAAAUAAAAUGUACUGAAGAUAGAGGUAAAAACUUAACUAUACAAAAUACAUUUUGUAUUACAUCAAUAAUCAAAUAAUAGAUCUUAUUCUAAUUGCCCCUGCUAAAAACCUAGCAGUUUUUGCUGUCAGAACCUGGGUGGAGGGGGUGUGUAUACAUCAUGACCUAUGGCUUGUGCAUGGUUGGAAUAUACCCUUACUUUCUUUCCAGUAGGAUUUAUGUUCUCUGAUAUUCACUGUUUAUAUAAGUUAAAUGCUGUCCUCUGUUCCAAUUAUUACUGAAUUCAGGAAAGUUUGGCUUGUUUAAGUAUUUCAGCUGUGUGGGUUUUAACAAGUUUAUGCAAUCGAUACUGGAGUUCCAAACAUGUAUAAGUACUUGGAAGCAACAGAAAGAGCAACAAGUAUAUAAAGCCAAGAGAAACUGCAAUACAAAUUUCCUUCCAAAUGUUAUUUUUAAAGAAAAAAAUGGAUUUUCAGAAAGAAACAGAUGUGAUUCUGUACAAGUUGCUUUGUGUUAUCAUUUACUGAGGACCUCUUUGCAGGAUCUAAUUGCAUUACUUUUCCUCUCCCAGGAUAAAAAAGUAACUUUGGAAUUGCUUGAUCACCUGGAGCGCCUGGCACUUGUCGAUUUCCGCAAUCAGGAAGGUGUGGAGCGUUUGGAAAAAGCCAUUGAAUUUGCUGAAAAACUCCAUGCAGUUAAUACAGAUGGAGUAGAGCCGAUGGAUUCAGUACUGGAAGACAGGUAAGUAUCAGGAUCACUUGCAUAUCAGCUGUUAAAAUUUUCCCUAUUGGUCCAGCAGGGAAAGUCUUGAAUUCUUCUGAAAUUGGUACAGGAUAUUCCUGGGCUGUUUUUGUAAGAGUCUGUGAACACUUAUUACUCAUCAUCAUAACCAGAGAGUAAAUAAACAUCAGAGAAAGCAUGUGUAGAAGAUAGCCCAUAAGGCUUGUUGUCACAAAUCAUGUUGAUUGCUUUUGAAGUAAAGAAUAACACUUGAAUCCUUGGGGGAGGUCAGGUAGUGUAACCUGAUCCUUAGGUGACAAGCAUUGUGGUAAACUGCUUCAAUUCUGUAUUUAUCCCGACUACCUCCACAAUGUUGAAUAAUUACUUGUUCUCCUCAGAUAUCUGUACCUCAGGGAAGAUGAAGUCACAGAAGGCAACUGUGCAGAGGAGCUACUGGAGAAAGCCAAGGAUACCAUUGAAGACUAUUUUGUAGCUCCACCAGGUAUUAUCUUGCAUCAGAUAUGCAGUCAAGGCUUUGCUGUAGUUUUGGCAUUUCUAGAUUAAGAGCAUGUGUUAGACAGAGUUUAUUAACAAUCACCUCCUAACUAACUUCAGUUAAAUAAUGACAAUCUCCAAUUCAGCUAAUGUACAAGAGAGAUUAAGAGCAAGUCUGUCUUUUAAGGUGGGGUCCUCCAAGCAACCCUGAAUUAUGCAAAUAAACAGUUGAGUUUGCACAGCUUUUGAUGUCCUGUGCAGUAAUUUUGCUAGUACAGUGGUACCUCAGGUUACAGACUCCGCUAACCCAGAAAUAGUACCUCAGGUUAAGAACUUUGCUUCAGGAUGAGAACAGAAAUUGUGUGGUGGUGGUGCGGCAGCAGAAGGAGGCCCCAUUAGCUAAAGUGGUACCUCAGGUUAAGAAUGGACCUCCAGAACCAAUUAAGUUCUUAACCCGAGGUACCACUGUACUUGAUUUGGAUAAGCAACUGUGCAGGGUAGUAGUGUCCCCUAGCCACUGUGGAAAACUUACUCAGAAACCCUUCUACCUUUUGUAGAUUUACAAUGCCUUGCUUACAUCCCAAGCACAGUUUCGCCAACACAAGGACUAGAUUUUAAAGCUGAGAUUCCCAAGAAGCAGAACUCUGCAUGCAGUAUCUUAUUGUUUUGUCUCCACCACCACCACCCCAGGCAUGCAUACCGUACACACCUAAUUGUGGAAUUACCAAGAAACAGAGUUGCUCCGAUAACCCCUAAAGAAGCAUUAGUCAGCCCAUUUUGCUUAACCAUCAGUAACUGAGGCAUACAUGUUUUAUACCACUGCUAGUUUUACUAUGUAUUAGAUGGUACAAACAUUUACUCUGGGUGUAAGAGAGAAUGGCUUACGCUGUCUAAGCAAACCUAUACUAACAAGCACUUAAUUCCAGCCAAUUUUAUUCUUUGUGUUAGGCAACAUCCCUUUACCAGAGCUUGAAAACAGAAGGAGUUUUCCGUGGAAAGAAGAGUCCUAGGCUCUACAUCAGAUGCCACAAUAGAUGCCACAACUUCUUCAGCAGCCAGCAUCUACUCCAUGAAGCUGCAUGCAGGAUAAACCUUCACCACAUCCCUUGUGCAACUUGACCUUUCUCUCUGAAAUGACUGCUGUUUCUGUACUGCUUAGGCCUAAGUUAUUAUUGACUCGGGCAUUUUUAAAUUGUGUAUACAAUCCAACAAUGAGGGCAACAAUCCAACCCAGAGUUAAGUGUCCUUAAACCUGCUUAUUUCAAUUGGCUUCGGAUGUACCCAACACCAUUUUUAGUUAUGGCCAAAAGAUUUUCACAACCAUAACCCUUUCGCCUGUUCAAAAACAAAACACCCAAAACCAAAGUUUCUACUUCUAAAGGGGAAAUGGUUUUAGAAAAAUGAUCGAGAAACCAGAUAGCAGAAUGUAGCAGAUUUCUGAGCUCUGUAUAUUGAAAGGAGAGUGAUCACAGCAAGGACUGAUGUGUCAUUGUCCAGUGUUCUGUGUCUGGAUAAGCAGACUGACAUAUUUGGGGGAGCAGAAUCUCAAGGCUAUCCAGCUGUCAAAGGUGCCCAAGGAUGGAGUGGUUGUCUGUGAUGCGCUGAAUGAUACGAGAUGAAAGAGGGGAGACACAGACUUCUGGCAGUUUCUUCCUAUCCAGCCCAAGAGAGAUUAUGGGUUAGCUCACACCUCUCAAAACGUGGGAGAAGUAUAGGUGUGAUAUUUAAUGGUACCAUAGAUUCAGGGAACAAGUUGUAUCAACAGAUAGUUAUACGCAUAAAGGAAUCACUAUUUUAAAAAGCCAUACACAUAAAAACUUGUGAGAAGUAGACAACAGGCAACAGUAGACAAUAGGAUAUAUGUUUUCCUGGAAACAUAUGGCAGACCUUUGGAACAAGCAUGUUGCUCAGUGGUAGUUGUGAUACUAUUCUAACAGAAUGUUGCUGUAGAGUUAAUUUAUGAGAUGGGCUCAUGGUUGGGUACUUACAAAACCUAUGAGAGCAGACUAGUAAUAUUUGGCUCAGAAGGGGAAUCAAAAGGCACUGAAGCACAUUAUCCUCAACUAUGCAGUAUUUGUCAUUUUCAUAUUGGCAUAUGAAUUUCUGCUUCAGAAAAGGAAACUAGUUUUCAAGAUACUGUUGAGCUGUAUGUAAUAAAUAAUUUGCUGAAGUGCAUUUCCUCAUCAUUUUGACCUGUUUAUGUGUAACAUAUGCAGUCUGACCUUUUAUUUAUAUAGAAAUCCCAUGGACACCGGUAAAGGUAAAGGGACCCCUGACCAUUUGGUCUAGUCAUGACCGACUCUGGGGUUGCGGCGCUCAUCUCACUUUAUUGGCCGAGGGAGCCGCCGUACAGCUUCCGGGUCAUGUGGCCAGCAUGACUAAGCCACUUCUGGUGGACCAGAGCAGCGAACGGAACGCCGGUUACCUUCCGACCAGAGCGGUACCUAUUUAUCUACUUGCACUUUGACGUGCUUUCAAACUGCUAGGUGGGCAGGAGCUGGGACCGAGCAACGGGAGCUCACCCCGUCGCGGGGAUUCGAACCACCAACCUUCUGAUCGGCAAGUCCUAGGUUCUGUGGUUUAACCCACAGCGCCACCCGCAUCCCAUGGACACCGGUAGCACAACUCUAUUGUAUGCAAGGAUUGGAUUGCAGCCUUAACAUGAUACAGCACACUUAAUAGUUUAACUUAGCUCCAAACCUGAGGUUAGGCCUUCUUUACAGCUGUUACAAGGCUUAACAAAUAUUAUCCAGGCCGGCACUUAAAUAAAUUAUCACAUAAUCGGAGAAUGCUUUCUCUGUGGUUGCAGGCAAGAUAGAAAAGUCAGCCUCUAAGCAUGCAAUAGUGUCUUUGCCAGGAAGCCCUCUAGGCUUGAGGCAAAUACAACUUCAUAGGUAUGAAAUGGAACAUCUCUUGUUUUACAUGUUAACUACUACAAAACAUUAAUUUCAAAGGUUUACAAGUCAAGUAGCAAUGGGGCUUUAAUACAGCUUUAUUAACUGAAUUUAUAUUCCACCCUUCCUCUCAAAGGAGCAAAUGCUUGCAUUGCAUUUUGAUUUUAUGUAUUUUGUAUGUAUUUUAUAUUUCAUGUGAACUGCCCUGAGACCUUCGGGUAUUGGGUGGUAUAGAAAUGAAAUUAAUAAUAAUUGGGCAGAUUUAGUAGUUGGCUAGAUGCACAGGAAAUACCCCUCUGUGUUUGUCAAGUCUUUGGCCAGAGAAGGAACCUAUCCCAUUAGUUGUGCUCUGGUGCUGUGCUUCCUAUUCCAGCAGCCCCUUCACUAAUUCUGCUGCCUUGCCUGUUAUCUUUCUUUGAUGUUGCCUCAUAAUAAUUUUAUUCUUUAUACCCUGCCCAUCUGGUUUCCCCAGCCACUCUGGGCGGCUUGCAACACAUAUAAAAACAUAGUAAAACAUCACACAUUAAAAACUUCCCAAUAGAGUUGCCUUUAGAAG